CUCCUACUAGCAUUGAUUUGCAUUGAUUAUAAUUUAUUACAUGAUCCUGAGGCAUUGGACACUCUUAUAAUCCAAAAAUUGGAAUACAUUGCUGAAAGCGAAGAUGGAGGUGGAAGUGAUUCACUCAUGGUCUGCACCAAGAUCCCUAAGCACAAGUCUCAUGUACUCUUUUUCUCAAAGGGAUGAUAUUGAUGUCCUUGAUGAACCUCUCUAUUCUCAUUUCCUCCGUGUUAGUGGUUUUGAUCGACCUUAUAGAGAUCAAUUACUCUCCAAUAUGGAAUCUGAUGGAAAUAAGGUUGUUAAAGACUUAAUUUACGGUUCAGGAAACAAAAAGUUUAGAUUCUGUAAGCAUAUAUCAAAACAAAGGGUGCUUGGUUUGCCGGAGGAUCUAGUGAAAAAAGGAAAGCACUUCAUUCUUAUAAGAAAUCCUCUUGACAUAUUGCCAUCCUUUGACAAGGUUGUCCCUCCAUCAUUCUUUGAGUUGGGUUUGGCGGAGCUUGUUUCUAUUUAUAAUGAACUCUGCGAGAAUGGAAAAAGACCGCCUGUUAUUGAUGCUGCAGAACUUCAAAAAGAUCCCGAGGCUACUAUACGGGGUCUCUGUGAUGAUUUGGAGAUUCCUUUUCAACCAGCAAUGCUCAGUUGGGAAGCAGGUCCAAAACCAAUAGAUGGCUUGUGGGCCCCUUGGUGGUAUAAUGGUGUACAUAAAUCUACUGGUUUUAAGGAACAAAGAAAGGAUACUGAGCCAUUCCCCUUUUCUCUCUAUGAUUUGUUGGAGCAAAGUCUACCUCUUUACAACAUGCUUCGGCGUCAUGUAAAGAAGAAGUCAUCCCUUCUGAGCUCUCCUUUGCCUCAUCCUGACCUUCCAGUUCCUGCAAAUGAGAAAUUGCUCGCUUGGGUCGGUGAUGAGAUUGUGACACGUGAGAGUGCUAAGGUUUCGGUGUUUGAUUCAGUUGUCCAAGGUGGUGACUCGGUUUGGGAGGGUCUUCGAGUGUAUAAAAAAAAGAUAUUUAAACUUGAGGAACAUCUAGAUAGGAUAUCGGAUUCAGCUAAAGCUUUGGCUUUUGAAAAUGUUCCAUCGCGAGAUGAGAUUAAGGAAGCUAUUUUCAAAACCCUGAUUAGGAAUGGAAUGUUUGACAAUGCCCACAUCCGACUUUCUCUAACACGAGGAAAGAAGGUUACCUCUGGGAUGAGCCCAGCAUUGAAUCUGUAUGGAUGCACAUUAAUUGUGCUUGCCGAAUGGAAGCCCCCUGUUUAUGAUAACGAGCGUGGUAUAGUUCUUGUAACUGCCACCACGCGCAGGAACUCACCAUACAGUUUGGACUCAAAGAUACAUCAUAAUAAUCUCCUCAAUAACAUACUGGCCAAGGUUGAAGGCAAUAAUGCAAAUGCAGACGAUGCAAUAAUGCUUGACAAGGAUGGUUUUGUAUCUGAAACGAAUGCAACGAACAUCUUCAUAGUUAAGAAAGGUCGUGUUUUGACGCCACAUGCUGAUUACUGUCUUCCUGGCAUUACUCGAGCAACUGUCAUGGAUCUUGUGGUGAAGGAGCAUUUUAUUUUAGAAGAGCGGAGAAUCAGCCUGUCAGAAGUGCAUACCGCAGAUGAGGUAUGGACUACAGGAACAAUGGGAGAACUAAGCCCAGUAGUGAAGGUUGAUGGGCGCACAAUUGGUGAUGGAAAAGUAGGGCCAGUAACUAGAAAAUUGCAGGCUAUUUAUAAGAAGUUGACUGAAGAGUCAGGCGUACCAAUUCAGAACUAGCUCAAGACUUGAAAGUUGGGACUUGGAAAGAAGCGAAAGUGGCUGGUGUGCCACUGCUACCAUUCCUAGCCUAGCUCAUCAGUUUUUCAAUCGAGAAUAAAAAUGUACUACUUCAUUUACUCUACCUUUCAGUCCCAAAUAGAAUUAUUAGUUUAUAAAUUAGUUUAUAUAUGCAAUUUGAAACACAACUUCCAUUGUUAUGAGUUUUUGUUCCUGCAGUCUAAUACAGAAUGCUGUGUAUCUUCUAGAUAUGAGAAAUGGUAUCUUUAUCUGUUUGUAUUUUCUCCUGUAGAUAUACAUGUAAAAAAUGUACAUAGUAUUUGAUUUUGAUUACACUUUGAGCAUGAGUAAUAAAAGUAGUAGGUUGAGGAGUCAAA